GAGCGGGUCGGUGGCAGGUGCCGGUGCGGCACCAGGGAGCGCCCUCAGCUCCUCCGGGCUCCGGACGCUGCCCGGCCCGCCGGUGAUUUUUUUAUCAUCUAAAGACUGAAUAUGGACCCUGAAAGUGAAAUAAAGAAGCAAAUAAACCCCUUUUACUGCAAUAUUUGCAAAAUCUGGUGUUCUUCUGCAUUAAACUUGCAGACUCAUUUCCUUGGAGCAAAACACAGGACGGUUGAAGAAGCACUGAAAACUCAUGGCAUGAUUAAAACAGAAGGUUCCUUAGGAAAGAAAUUGAAAACAACUGUGAAACUUCCUGAUUUUGUUAAAACAGAAAGUUGCUUAGGGAAGAAAAUGAAAACACCUGCGAAACUUUCUGAUUUUGCGCCACUUGAGCCAGAGAAGUUUCAUGGACAGACACUAGAAGACCAGCUUAAUACAUGUAAAGAAUCAGAACCUGCACUUGGACUUAAUUACAUAAUAGAAUACCGAACAAAAGACAAUGUUCCUUUUCUCUAUGAAUGUCAACUAUGUUACUGUAAAACAGGACUGAGUAACAUGUUCAUGCAUGUUUGUGGUUCCAAGCACAGACUGGCAUACUUGAGACAACAUUAUCCAGAGAUAGCACAAUCUGAUGAAGUCAAGGGUAAAGGCUCUGAACUAAACAAAAGAGUUAGGCAAAUUGGAUUAACAAUUGAGAAGAAAGAAGGAAGAAAACAAAUACAGGUUGUUAUAGGUGUUCCAAAAAUGAGAAGGAAAUGGCAAGAAUCUCACAGUGCAGAGGACAGCCCUUCAAAAGCUAAAGUUCAGCAUGUGGAUGCACCCCUUAGUGAUGCAGAAAAAACAGAUAAUAAAGAUGGGGAACUGACAGAGACUAUGCAAGAUGAAAAUAAUGUUCAGGAGGAGAAUGAAGAAAGGCAGGAAGAACAGGGAAAACCAGAUGAAAAAGUUGAACCUAAUAAUGCUAUUGAAAGCAGCAAAGACAAUGACUCAGAAUGGUGUGAGACCAAUAAACAAUCAGAGGAAGAAAACACAGAAGCUCAGCAAGAACUUACAGCAGAUCCUGAAGAAUUUACUAGUCAAGAAGAACUGUUGGGUUAUUUGCAAAGUUUUGAGAUACUGAAUGAAGAUGAUGCUUCAUUUAUCCUGAAAGUUACACAGACUCUCACAAAUGCACUGGUGGAAUACCGUCAGCAGGCUGCAUCAAACAAAGACCACCUAAAUGCUGGAUAUAAUGGAGAAGCAGCACUAGAAUAUUCCACAGAACAGCCUGGCCCAAUUUCAGCAGAUAUUAGUGACUCUGACACUGACUACUCAAGCAGCUGGUCAGCUAAGCAGUUCUUACCAGCCAAUGAAGAUGGAGCCCAGAACUUUUCAAGUGGCUCUUUGGAAACAGCAUAUGAGAACAACAUCACAACUGAAUUUUUGAAGAGUGUAAGAAACAUGAAUGCUGAGGAAGUUACUGACACCCUACACAAAAUAGCAGCAUCAAAUCCAGCUUUCAGAGGAAUCGAUAUACCAAAUGUUAUAAGGAUCCUGACUGAAAGUGGAACUCUGAGGGGACCAAGCAAUGGCAGCACACAGUGCCAUGGUACUUAAUAGAGAUAAUGCAGCAAUGUUUACUUUCUCUAAGUUUGUUGCUUUACUUCAUUUGACCUCAUGGAGUUAUUUUGUUUUACAUUUAAGUUUUGUACAGUGCUUUUUUAUAUUAAAUUAAUAACUUGCUGUUGAUGUUCUUGUUAUUUAUUUUUCAGUUCAUUUAGCUGAAAGUUCUAUAUUGUGGAAAGGUUGUAAAGCUCAUGCUCAUUCUUUUAGUGUUAAGACAGCUUUUUAAAACAGAUAACUUGCUUUCUUCAGUAUUAUUAAAUACAUUGACAGUCUGAACUUUUCUUAAUGUUGGUUCUUUUACAAAGAAUUAUCAGCAGAAUGAACUACUGCACUCAGCAGUACAAACUCCUCCUACAACAAAUGCUUGGAAGUUAUUCCCUGUGGCUGCUGGGACUGACUAAAAAGCCUUUGUAAUAAAAACUCUUUCCCAUAUAAGGGUUAUGAACAAGUCUCCAUAUCUUUUUCUUAAUAAGAUUAAAAAUACUAAUGAAAAGUCAGCGCUGUCAGUCUCUUGCUGAGAUGAGAAGUGCCUGGAUUAUAGCUGAUUUAAGGAGCAUAGAAGCUCAGCAAUGUUAGUAGAAGUUUGCAAAUUUAGAGAUAUUUCCCAACAGGAAAUAUAAGCAGGCUCUGGCUUAGAGGCACUGAUGUGGUGGCAAGAGUAUCUUUUGUCUUUUAUCCUGCCAGUAUGAGAAUGAAAUGAAAGCUGGCUUACCCUGUCCUUCAGGCUCUUUUAACAUGAGUAUUUUUCCAACUAAAGUAGUUCUGGUUCUGACUGAGUGUACAUGUCUAUAUAUUAAUGACUUCUACUUUUGUAGGAGGGUGAAAAAAUGUUUUGAAUGGUUAUAGAUUAGUUUGCUUGGGAAAAAAAAUUUUUUUAAAGUGAUUAAAAUUCAAUUCCUGCUUGUGAUGCUGGGUAGCAUUCAGUGCAGUGGUUCUAAUUAAAGCUCUUCAGCUUUGCAGCCAAAUACUGAUGUAACUUAGACAUGCUGGGGCCAGAUGGCAUAUGAACUUUUUAGUGUUAACUUACAUUUUUUUUUGAGAUCUGGAUGGAAUUUGAGAAUUCUCAUCCUGAUGGUUUCACAUCUUCGUACCAUGGAAUGCAAGAUGCAGUAAAACUAAGGUAACAAAGAAAGCAGCAACAAAAUUUAUGAGUUUUAUUAUGUGAAUGGACCCAGGAAGGAAAACAGUUCACAGAAAAAUUAAAACACUGUGUUUUAAAGAAACUCUGAGGAAUUUCUGGAAUGCAUCUAAAUCUGUUCUUAUCAGAGGCAGAGAUGGAACCAGAGUUCUUACAGUUCAUUUACUCUGUAUAGGAACAAUUUUAAUGCCUGCUUAAUGGAGGUGAACUUAAUCAGCAAAAAUUCUGAAUUCUGAAAAUAAAAAUAGAAACAUCUUUUUCCUGUUUGUUUUCAAGAUGCAGAACAAUCUUGUAUUAAAAUAACAAAAUCAGAAUAUUCAGCUGUUGUAAAUGGCCAUCUCUGAGACAGCUUCUUUUUCCUCUUACUGUGGAAUCAUUUCAAGUGGAAAUAAAGUUACAAUAAAGUUGAAAUAACUUGGAUUUGAGGUAAUUUUUUUGCUUGGGUACAGGAGGAGCAUGCUGAAAAAGGAGAGACCCCUAAAUCUGUAAUGCACUGACAUAAAAUGGUUGAAUGGCAUCCUGCAGAGUGCUGCUGUGCCUCUGAAAGACAGCUGAGAAGCCUGAACUGGAUAAGAGUCAGCAAGUGAAUGCUUCUGGAAAUGUUUUCAAAAAACACAAUCCAACAUAGUCCAUCCAGCUGUACAAUUAUUUUUAUUUUUUCCUUUCUUACCAGGUGCAAAUAGAGGCUGAAGAAGCAUUGUAUUAUUUUGUUCUUUUAUCUGUCUCUGUUUUGUGAUGGCUUGGUGUAUUCUUAUACUAAUGGAAAACUGUAUAUUUGUUCCAAAAUACAUUUUAAUGUUUUACUUGUGCCAGUACUGCAAAAUAAGGAAGAAAAAGAAUGAUUAUAUUUACUGUUAAUAUUUAAUCAAUGCUGUUGGUGGGAUUUAAUAUUAUAUUUUUUGGGUUUCUCACAAUAACAGCAAGGCAGACUUCUGAGGUAACUAGAGAAUUAAUAAAAUUAGAAGUUAAGCAAUAACAAAAAUUAAAUCAAGAGAAAAUUAAUUUUCUGUAAAGCUUCAUCUCGGUUUUUACAUAUUUUACUGAGACCAGAGAGCUGCAAGGAAAUAAUUUUUAACAAAAAGCUGCAGAACUCCUACUCCUCACAGAAGGCACAAAGGGGAAGGGAGAAGGGUGUUCACAGGUUAAUUGGCAGGAAAUGAGAAGUUUAGAGCUUGCAACUGCAGAGUUACUGUCUCCUGUGAAUUGAGACCUUGUUGUAGACAGGUGUGGAACAUCCUCCUUGUUUGUUGCUUCCUGGGUCUCCCAGGGUUUCGUGCUCUCUUUCUGAUAUAGAAAUUCAUUACCCCUUUGGAGCAGCAAGCUUUAUCUGGGUAUGCAUGUACAAAAGCCUGCAGCAUGCCUCGUGGUUUAUAUGUGAAAUAAUAACCUUGUGUGUGUGAA